CAAUGUGAGCGAAUUUUUAUAUCAAAAUUUCAGAAUAUAUCUAAGCUUGAUGUACAUGUUCAGUAAUCCUACAAGCACGGGUAUGUUCAAUUCCUCUUGGCUGCGAUUUUCGUCCUGACAAAGGCUUUGAGGUAUGGGCAAUAUACGAAAGGAGCUCCAAAAUGCUGGUGCUCCUUGCCGUCAUGAGCGGCGUCGAGGUCGCCAUCAUGGCCACUCUCGUUGGCAUCACGAUAUCCCGCAUCGAAAUGCUUCCCGUCGUGUCCACUGCAACUGGGUGUUACUACUCAGGCGUCCUCCCUCUCUCCGCCCUCUUCUGGACCCCCGUACUCGUGGUAGAGCCCCUGCUGUUAGGGUUCGUCCUCUUCAAAGCCGCGCGCACUCUGUAUGCGCGGGGCACCAUCUUCACUGCCCUCGCCAGAGAAAGCUUGCUGUACUUUUUAGCCAUAUUCGCCCAACUUCUCAUUGCCACCAUCAUAUGGGCCCGGUUCCCCACGUAUCUCAACGUCGUCAUGCCGUACGUCUCGCCCUGGUCAGCCGCCCUCCCCUCCCUCCUCGGGAACCGCCUCCUCAUCAACAUGCGCCAACGCUUCCUCUCUGAGCGCUCAGACACACACACGAAUGACAUCGAGCUCGCCUCCAUCGUCUUCUCGCGCUUCCCUUUUCUUUCCUCCCGCGCACCGGGGGCUCAUACGGCUCAUACGGCUCAUACGGCUCAGCCUGACGCUGCUGCACCCGACGAUCCUCGACGGGACUAG